AUGACUCAACUUCGAACACUAAUUCUUGAAAAUAUUCGAUCGAAACAUUUACAAGAUAUUCUCGUCGAUCUACCUUCUCUUCGAUCACUUGUUAUUAAAACUAUCGACCCUAUUUCAUCUACCGGUGAUUUAUUUCGUCAAAUAUUUCAUUUACCUGCAUUAAAAUAUUGUCAUACAACAUUCCCUGACAACUGGCCUUCUUGUCGAUUACCGUUUGCGACUACAAACGACUAUAGCCCCAUUGAAACACUUGUUCUCAAUAAUGCUUUACCGAUGAGUGAACUACAUAUCCUUUUAUCAUACGUUCCUGACAUUCGUCAUUUAUCAUACUCUAUUCAUCAAUGGUCAACUUAUACAACAAUGCAACGAGAACCAAUUAAAUUGAACAAUCUAACCCAUCUAUUUCUUCAUAUGACACGUAUAUUUCAUAGUCAAAUGAAACUUUUAAUGGAACAACUAUUUUCUCAUGUUCGUGUCGUGUAUAUCACGACACUUGAUUCUCCAUUACGUUUAACGACAAACAAAUGGGAAGAUAUGGUCAUAGGUGCUCUGUCAAAUCUACAUGCUUUGCAUGUGAAAUUUACAGAUGAUCGAGCAAGAUAUUUAUGUUGGCGUGAUCAACAGUGGUGUUGGACACAAGACGAACAAUUGCAAAGUAUAUCUUCAGUACAACCGAUUACGCAGAAAUGUGCAUGUACCAAUCGUUGUUCAGCUAUGAGUUCAAGUUAUUAUCUUUCUGUUACUCAACUUGCUCUUCGAAAUGAUAUAUCAAAAAUAGAUAAUUGUGUUUAUUUUCCCUAUAUUACUAAAUUGACUCUCUUCCAAUACUCAAAUGCAACUAACCAUUCAAUUUCAGCUAUUCUUGAUCGAAUCUUUCCUCUCACGAAACUCACAGAAUUGAUAAUUAAUUAUCCGCAGUUUUGUGUUGGAAAACUAGCUGAACUACUGUAUUUUUCACCGAAUGUCAAGAAAUUGACAGUUUAUUCAAUAUCGUGUCACAAAGUAUCAUCGAUUGCGAUCGGAAAAAGUGCAACUCUGAAAACAGUAUCCGAGAACAGCAGAAUCAAAGAUUUGGUUAUAGAAAACUAUGGCACAUUUGCCGAUAUCAAAUUACUAGGCGAUCUUUGUCCUCGAAUUCAACAAUUGACUGUUGUUUUGACUGGUUCGAAUGCUUCUAGUUGUGCAUCAUUAUUGACAUUUCUAUUAGAAGAACAAAAGUAUAAUACUCGUCAUCUGUGUUCAUUGUGGCUUAUGAAUGUCAGUAGUCGGUUCAAUCGUAUAUUACGUUCAAUGGUAUUGCCACCUCGUAUUUCUGUCGAAUCUACCAAUGACAGCAUUUAUUACUGGUGGUAG